AGAAACUACGUAAAAUUGAUAUUUCUAUGAAUAUUUUUGCAUUAAUUUAAUAAAAUAUAGUGAUCGCGUAUAAAGUUUGUAUAUAAUCGACAUAUUUUAUGUGUAGUGAGAAAGAGAGACGCCAGAAGGGACGCCGAGUACAAGCGUACGAAAAAAGGAGAGGGCUGAGAAAGUGGAAGGUCUUCGUGAGCAAAGUGCUUUGGCUAGGGUUCUAGUCUGCGAUUUUUUCCCGUUCUUCUCGUUGUCCGGGCGGACGGCCAAUGAGAGUAAGUAGGUCAGCGCGCCCGUCCAAUCGGUGCUCGAGGCCGGGUCACGUGGGUUUGUUGUUAUCUAUCAGCUGUUUUUCCCGGGCGGGCGGGUGGCCGGCCGGCGCAGUGAAAGCCGCCUGGUACUCUGUUCUCAGUCCUUCCCGGUUGCUCAGCUGUGCGUCACAUGUCGGCUACCGCGGACCCUACUCCUGUCCGUAUACCAUCGAAUCGUGUACCGCUUGUACGUUCAGCUUACAGAAUUCCGCUGAGUUUCUAUUCACUGGCAAGCAUUAGUCAUAUAUUAUGCUAUCUACCGCGUAUACUCCAACGUAUUAUCACAAAUCAAUCACGAAGUGCCUCGAACAUGCAGACGGCGUGACGAACACAGGCAACGGUGCACGCCGUUUUGUUGAUACAUUGAGUUCUGUGUUCAGGCCGCGAAGGCCACCGCGUCCUUCUUCGGUCUAGGAUCGCAUUUGCUAACGCAAUUGCAAUUUAACGCAAAACUGCCCGAUCUGUCCUCAGUGUGUAUACGAGUGAUCGUGGAACAAUGACUUAAAGUAACCGUGUUGCAGUACGGAACUUCGAUAGGAAGGAAGAAAAAAGAGUAUAACAAGUGUUUUAUUUCCGGGAGUGUUUUUUUGCUAAUAUUCCAAUCAAAUCAUAGAUACACUCGUAUCGUCUCUUCACAAGUGUUUAACUGUUAAAUCGCGCGUGAAAUUGUUAUUUCUCUUUGGUGUGAUAUUAAUAUAUAUUUGCUUCCGGUUUGUUCACGAUAUACGUAUACGUAUAUUUAUCAACGAAAAUUUCAAAGACGAUAAUAGAAGGGUGAGUUAAAUUGUAGUGCAAAUGAUCUUUAUGAAAUACCAAUUUGCGCGAGAUACUUUUGAGAACGAUUUGUUAUAAGGUGUUUUAUCGUAAGAAAUAAUAUCAGUGCAUCCUCGUCAAACGAUUUAAUAAAGUGAUCGAAACGAUCGUUUAUCCAUAAAUAACCACGGAAUAAUGUCGACGGGUAAGAGGCUGGCGAAACGUAGCAUAAUCGGCACCAGAGUGUGCGCUCCCGGACAGGACGGGAAAUACUAUAGUGGCGUCAUUCACGCCGUAAAAACGCCGGCGUCAGCCGCGUCCGAGUCAGGCCUCAGUAUUACACCGAAGACUCGUUAUUCCGUACGCUUCGAUUCCGUGCCUGGCGGUCGUCCGCCAAGUCCCAGCACCGAAUACUCUGAUCGCGACCUGAUCGGACCAGGCUUCGGUUCCGUAACCAGCGCACGCCUCGUGCCCGGCCAGAAGGUCUAUUUGACGUAUAACGGACGGGAAAUUCACGCGGAGGUCACGCAACAUCGUGAACAUCAAGACGAAGUGGAUGUUAUAAUUGCACCAAACGGUCAAGAGACGAUGAGGCUGACCAAGCGUAUAGACGAGGUCAGGUUGCUGGAGUCGCGUAAGAGCGCACGGCUGGCCGAUCAGGACACGGAUUUCGCUAGGCUCGCCGAUAUGGCGGGUGAUCGAAAACGGGCAUCUUCCCACUCCAUCGACGUGCCACACGUGAUUGGAUCCAGAAAGCGGCGACCCAGCUCGAGCAACGAUUCUGAACGAUCGUUCAGCGGUUGGAGCGAGCGAAUACCCCACGGAUGUGGUCGCGAGGGGUGUCGCACAAACGAGCGCGGCGACUGCAUGGACGAAUGCACAGCCGCGCUAGUUCUCAUGUCGCUCUCGUGCUCGCCACACAGCCCUCACAAUCCUUUACCGUUACACUGCCAACAUAAUUACGGUUCCUGGGGAGGUCGAGGAGGCGGAGGUGGCGGCAUGGUGGUCGGCUCGCCGGGAGUCGGCGGCACGUCCAACAGCAGCAGCAGCAGCGGGGCUUCGUGGCGUAGCGGCACCCCGAGCCCCCCCCUCAGCGACGAGGGGGCGCCCAGUUCCCUGUGGCCGACCUCGGCCCACUCCUCGCACAAUCAACAGCACUACCCUUACAACGUGUCCGGAUCGUCGUCGAGCAGCACCCCAGGCUCGACCACCACUCUGGACGAGGGCAUAGUGCCCGACUACCUCGAGGAGCAACACCCCCGAAAGAAGAAGAUCCGGGCGAAAGUGAGCCGCGACCCGAUCGAGAAUGGACCAGCUAACAGCGCCGUCUACGAGAGCGAACAGGCUAAUGCAGCGGUAGUAUUUAAAUGUACUUGGCCAGGUUGUUUAGAAAUAAAGGCGACCGUGCCGCUUAUCGAGGAGCACGUGCGCCAAUCACACUUAGGACCUAAAAAGACUAACAGUUACGAUAACGAAGAGGACGAUGACAUUUCCGAUCACGAGGAAGAAUUCUACUAUCAGGAGGUGGCGGUGGAUCAUAUGAGCUCUCCGCCGACUAUGUCGCACAGGGACAUGGCCAGACCUCCUCACGAGGAUCCAGAGUACCAGAAACAGCUUCGUUUGGAAACCACUUCUGCCACCAAUAACGCAGAAAGCAUGAUGGGUACACCGAUCAAGCAUAUAAAGUUGUCACCCAGGCCAUUCCAGGCGUACCAACAGAGCAUGGGCCUGCUGACGGUGUCCACGGGAAAGAUGCCAUCGUCGCCCCGACGGAUUCGCGGCGAGACGAAGAAGUGCCGCAAGGUCUACGGUAUGGAGCAUCGCGACCUAUGGUGCACACAGUGCAAAUGGAAGAAGGCCUGCAGUCGUUUCGGCGACUAGGCCAAGCGGCCGCUCCGUUCGUACGUCCGCGGGCGGAGACCGUCGCCGAGCCGACCCCAGAGUUUGCCAAUGCUACAUUAAUACUUCUCUGCCAACUGCCAGCAAAUACGAAAUAUUGCCAAUUUCCAACACACACACAGUCAAACACAUAGCCAGUCAAAACUUUGUUCAGUCAGUAACAGAGUCAAACAGAGUCGUCGUCGUCGUCAUCGUCAUUAUCAUCGACGCAAUCGUGACGAAAUUGUUGUUGUUGUUGUUGCCGCGGCGAUGGCGACAAUAUACUCGCGCGAUAUACACGCGCGCGAAUCGUAUGGUUCGCGUUGCGUAUCAUCGGUCACGGAUCAGCGAAUAUACGUACUCUACAAUAUCGUCCACCAUUUUGCGAAACCGUUCGACCUGAUCCACAAACAGAUCUCCGUAAGGAAGCAUCGCGACAAAAGGAUCGAUAACGUGAUAAAUCUGUUCGGUGUGGGGAGAGUUCAGUGUGUGUCGCAUGUCACCGAAACACUUCUUCUCUAUUUUUCUCUAUCUUCGUCUUUUAUUCCUCUUGUAAAAUAUAGUCGUGUUUUUUCCCCUCGGUGUUCCCCUCGAUUUUCUCUCUCCCGGAAAACGAGGUUCACGAUGAGAGAAACACGGACCUAGAAAAGAGAGAGAGAGACACGUCAAUCCCAUGACGGAUGGCGGACCGUUAGAAGGGCCGAUCACGUGUUUCGUACGUGGCGAGAAGGGAAUAAUACAGAUUGUCAAAGGAAAAUUGUGUUCGACUUCGUUCAAAUGCGUACAUUCGUUGCGUUGUUCGAGCGAUGGUUGUAGAAGCGUUGUAAGAUGAGAAUCGAGUAUAUAUAUAUAUAUACGUUCUAAGGGAAAAGAAAAUAGUAAAAAAGAAAUAGAAAACAGAAGAUCGUUGACCGAUCGUCGAACGAUUUCUUAUCGCUCUCGUCUGGCACUUGGCAAACUCCGUCAGGGUCUUUUUUUUUUAACCGUAAUAAGGGGUUUUGACUAGUAGAUAGCGAAUAAUUGGCGGUACGGAACGAGGCGUCCUUAGACUGUCGCGCCCUCUCUUCUCCGACUUUUUCUCUAUGUUAUCUCUCCGUCUAUCUUUUCUCUCACUCUCUCCCACUCUUCUCCGAUCAAACGCAAGAGGGCGCGGAACACAGCCUUGCUUCUGAUUCGCCGGUAACGAGAAGAAUUUUAAGGAAAACGAAAAAAUUUAAAAAGCGAAAAAAAAAAGGAACUUUUUUUCCUGGCUCGGUAGAUAGAUUAAAAAAAGAGGCACGCGACUUCAAAAAAAAAAAUAAAAUUACGAAUAGAAGUACGUGUUUCUACGGAAACGUGUGCUGGUUCCCGAACCGACUCUUAGGUCAUUGCAAUAGGUCUUCCUUCAUCCGUGAGUGAGAGCACUCUGGCUCGAUUUCCUCGCCUGGCUCUCUUGCCUUGCCUUCUCGAGGGAUGUCGACGGUCGUCACGCGAUCCCCCCAGAAAAAAAGAGAGACCUAGUGGGCCCCGUGUAUCACGCGUGCGUGUCCCACAUCAUGGCCGGUCGAUUCUCGUUCGACCGAUUAUUCGUCCGUCUGCCUCACUCGAUGGGCUUUCAUACGUGCAUUCGUGGACGAAUGUGCUCGCUGAUCUCCAGAAAUGUCAUAAAAAUAAUACUUUUAAUUUUAUGGAUAUCGAUUAGACAAACAACGAUCGUUCGUUGUAUUUUUACGAUGUAGUUUUUAGAAUUUAAUUCGUAAUAUCGAAUGAAUGAAAUCGAUGUGUGUACUUUGUUUUGAGAAAAGAUUAAGAUUUGGAUAGAGAUUUUUUUCUUUUUAAAAUUUGAUUUUUGUUAUAGAAAUCUUGAUUAUAGAUUAUAGAUUAUAGAUUAUAGAUUAUAGAUUAUAGAUAAUGAAAAAGUUAAUCGUUGCGUAUCAAUUUGUUAUAAUAUAAUUUAGAAUAUUUCUGGAUUUUAGUUAAAAAAAAAAAAUUACAUAUAUUCGUUUACGAAUAUCACGUAUACGGGAUCAUAUAGUUGUAAUAAUUGUUGAUACGUAACUUAGCGUGGGAUACGCGCAUGAUCCGCGUCGAUGGACGAACGGAAGACCGAGAAGACGAAUCGAAUAUUCGGUUUGACCGAUUGUUCUUCCUGGAAGGACGCAGGCAAGUCUGGAAACGAAAAUUCGCCAUAAAUUUAAAGGCAAUUGUGAUAUUUUUUCUCAAAAUUUUAUCGAAUUAAUUAGACGAAUUCGCCGCGAGUCUACAUUAUGAUUAGGCAGCAAUUUUAUGGGGAUGACGAUGGAUCGAUGAAAAAAAAAACCGUCGAAAAAUAGAACAGAUGUGUCCGUAAAGAUAAAGAUUUUGAGGGGAUAGAAAACGAGGAAUUAUAAAAAAA